GGGGCGGGGCCGGGGCUCCGUUCUGAUCCCCUGAGGCUCCGUUGAAAGGAGGACCGCAGCAAGAGCACUUUGCAGCCGCCAAGCUGGAGCUGGAAGCGAACGUCCGCGGGACCGGGGUGGUGGCGGCUGGGCAGCGGCUCCUCCAGGCCGAGGCGGUGGCCGUGUCCCAGCGGAGAGACCGGGGCCAGAGCGCGCUGCGCUGGUUCACCACCGCCAUCCUGUGUGCCGCCUUCCUGGGGCUGGGAAUGAGUAUUGCUAUACUGGGCCCCACGUUUCAAGAUUUGGCAAGAAAUGUGAACCGAAAUAUCAGCAGUCUGUCUCUAAUUUUUGUGAGCCGUGCUACUGGGUAUUUGAGUGGCUCUAUGGUUGGAGGAGUUCUUUUGGACUAUAUGAAUCAUUUUUUACUUUUGGGGGUAUCAAUGCUGGCCACCACAGUUGGUCUUUAUCUUAUUCCUUUCUGCAAGAUCGCAGUAUUGCUGGUUGUCAUGAUGUCUGUUAUUGGUGUUUCAAUUGGCAUUCUGGACACAGGCGGCAAUGUUCUCAUCUUGGCGAUUUGGGGAGAUAAAGGAGCCCCACACAUGCAGGCCUUACACUUCAGUUUUGCCUUGGGUGCCUUUCUGGCUCCCCUUCUGGCUAAAUUGGCCUUGGGUACAACCACCAUGUCUGCUGAGAACCACACAGAGAAUGGCUUUCUCCCUUCAGCCCUGAACCGAUCGUCUGAAGCUGACUCAGGCUCUCUAUUUGGAGUACCUGAAGACAUGAAUUUACUGUGGGCUUAUGCUUCCGUUGGCACUUACAUUCUAGUAGUUUCUAUCUUUCUGUUUGCUCUGUUUUUUAAGAAAAGCUCAAGACAGGAAAAAUCAACAGCAUCUGCUCAGGAAUAUCGAAGAGCAAAAUACCACAAGGCCCUUCUCUGUCUCCUUUUCCUGUUCUUCUUUUUUUAUGUUGGAGCUGAGGUAACAUACGGCUCUUACAUUUUCUCAUUUGCAACCACUCAUGUUGGCAUGGAUGAAAAGGAAGCAGCUGGCUUGAACUCCAUCUUCUGGGGGACCUUUGCAGCCUUCAGGGGCCUGGCAAUCUUCUUUGCUGCAUGUUUACAACCUGGAACCAUGAUUGUGGUGAGCAACAUUGGUACCCUGACCUCAUCUUUAUUUCUGGUGCUGUUUGACAAGAGCCCACUUUGUCUCUGGAUAGCAUCUUCAGUGUAUGGGGCCUCAAUGGCCACCACGUUUCCCAGUGGUAUUUCUUGGAUUGAACAGUACACAACCAUAAAUGGGAAAUCUGCAGCUUUUUUUGUAAUUGGUGCUGCUCUGGGAGAAAUGGCUAUUCCUGCAAUAAUUGGAAUUCUUCAAGGACAAUACCCAGAUUUGCCAGUAGUUCUGUACACCUGUUUGGGGUCAGCAAUAUUCACUGCUGUUUUAUUUCCUGUAAUGUAUAAAUUAGCUACUUUGCCUCUGGAUCGCCAGCGAAAAAGAAGCAGAAAGAGUGAGGACCAGAAGGCUUUGCUUUCUAGCUCUGAGCUUCAUGACUAUGAAGAAGAUAGUGGAGAGGAGGAUGCAGAGAAAUGGAAUGAAAUGGAUUUUGAAGUGGUUGAGAUGAAUGAUACCAAUAGUCAUUCAGUAAUAGAGACAUCUGAAAAUACUUUGAUGGAGGCACAUAGCUGAUGUCUCCAACCAGUUCCUCUCCAGUGCACUCAAUUAAUACUGAUGAUUGCCCUGUGAAGCCCCUUGCCAGAAGUCAGGACAGACGGGACUAAUAUUUAGAGAAGAUCAAUUGUUACUGACUUCAUUAAAUUAUCACCACUUCUAAAGAGGCCAGAGCAGAGCAUACUUUGGGGGUCAGAAUUUCUAGAUCCAUGUUCAGCAAAUGCCAAAACAUUUUUAAAUGUCUUGCAUUUGCCAGAGUCUUCUAUAAACUACCCAGUGGUCUCAUACAGUAGGAUGUUAUAACGUGAUUGGCAGGUGGCUGAUUCAGUAAUGUUUUAUAGUCUCCACCUUUCAGAGUGUAUGAAGAAGACAUUUUGUUUGAGAAGUUGGGCAGCGUUGUGAUGGAGAAAAAUGGCAGAGAGAUGGAUCAAAUUUUCUGAACAAAUGAUCAGGCAUCCAUAAUCUGGCAGUGAAGUGGGGAGAGCAGGUCCCUUUGGAAAGGGACAAAUGUUUUUAUUAAUUGCUUCACUUCUGUAAAGUUGAACCUAUGCUUUUUAAAAAUUUCUAUUAGAACACAGAACUGGGCCAAGAAUCCUGGCUUUAAGAUGUGACUGUGCCUUCUGGCUGUACAUUGAGUCACUUAAUAUGGGCUUCAUUUAUCUCAU